AUUUCUUGAUCAAAGAUGAUAAACUCUUCAGCUCAUCGUACAGUUAAGGCAGGCUAUUGUACUAUAGUUGGCAACUUUGGUGAUGUUUUUUGGAUGUUUAGCUGUGCUCUAUUUACUAGUUACUGGUUAAUAAGCUAAUUUGCUUUUUGGCUGUUGUUUUUGGGCCCCUCAACCUUGCCUGAUGAAAUGAAGAGGUUCCAAAAAAAAAGGACACGACAUUAGCAAAGGCCUCUCAUGAUAGCAGUUUAGUUCACAUCAUCGAUUACUUGUCAUAUCAAUAUCAGUUAGACUAAAGAUGUCUAGAUCAAGCUACAGGUCACGCUCAUCAUCACCAGAAACCGACGCUGCCAAGGUCAAUUCAAAUUUGAAACGUUCAUAUCGAAGUUUUACAGUGACUCGAACAACGUCAAAGAAACAACACCAAAUCAGAGCUGCCAUCAAUAAAAUUGUUAAAGAGAAAACUUCAUUUGAGUGCAGAUCAUGUUUUACAAAGAGUAUUGUAAUAAAAGGACCGAAAGAUUAUAAAACAUUCGUUUAUUCUAUCAGUUGCAAAACAUGCAAGAGACAUGUCAACACUACACUAGAAAAAUUGAAAGAAAGUACAGACAUCCUCAACAUAUUUCGGAGAUCCAAUAAUUUACAAAACCUAUUGAAUUCAUCAUCAGACUCUUCAGAACCAAGUUCUCCACAGAAUUCUCGACAAAACAACCCUCAACCAUCAAGUCAAAAAAAGAUGGAAAAAUCUGCUAUUAGUGAUUUGGCAAAGGAUAAAAGUGGCUUACUGCUAAACCAAUUUGUCUCUAAUCUAAAUUUGACGCUCAAACACAUUAACAACAAUGCAUCGGAGAGCAUAAGAACUCCAAUUACUAAUAUGAUUCAACAGAAUCAAAUUGAAAUUGCAAAGGUACUAAAGGACGCAUUAAUCAACUCCUUGAAAAACAUCUCGAGCCGCCCAUAA